CGGAAGUGCUCGUUGUUGUUGCCGGAAGUAGAGAAGGCUGUAAUGGCGGCUGCGACUGAAGUUGAGGUGCCCGCGAACGUCGCGGAGGACCGGCCCUCGGCGGCCGAGGAGCUGGCGGCGCAGAAGCGCGAGCAGAGACUGCGCAAGUUCCGCGAGCUGCAUCUGAAGCGGAACGAAGCUCGCAAGUUAAAUCACCAGGAAGUUGUGGAAGAGGACAAAAGACUUAAGUUGCCUGCAAACUGGGAAGCGAAGAAAGCGCGUUUGGAGUGGGAGCUGCAGGAGGAAGAAAAGAAAAAGGAGUGUGCAGCGAGAGGGGAGGACUACGAGAAGGUGAAGCUACUGGAGAUCAGUGCAGAGGACGCGGAGAGAUGGGAGAGGAGGAAGAAGAGGAAGAACCCUGACUUGGGCUUUUCAGAUUAUGCUGCCGCCCAGUUACGCCAGUAUCACCGGCUGACGAAGCAGAUCAAACCUGACAUGGAAAGCUACGAGCGGCAGAGAGAAAAGCAUGGAGAAGAUUUUUUCCCAACAUCCAACAGUCUUCUCCAUGGGACGCAUGUGCCUUCCUCAGAGGAAAUCGACAGAAUGGUUUCAGAUCUGGAAAAGCAAAUUGAAAAGAGAGACAAAUAUAGCCGAAGACGUCCUUACAAUGAUGAUGCUGACAUUGACUACAUCAAUGAGAGGAAUGCCAAGUUCAACAAGAAAGCAGAGAGGUUCUACGGGAAGUACACAGCUGAGAUCAAGCAGAACCUGGAGAGAGGAACAGCCGUGUGAGCCCUGGAGAAACUGCACAGAAGCUGGUAGAGGAGCUGGAGGCUCCAGCUGCCAAAUUCAGACUUCCACGUGUGUCCAUUAAAUGCGAGUUUACCCUAUGCCUCCCCAUUUGGCAUCUGAAAUAAAUGUCUUUUCUCACCAUCUGCAUAUGUUCACAUUUUUGUGCUUGGAUGUAAGAUGUAAUUCUUGUAGUGACAUUGUUUUGUAAAAAUCUAAUUUGUAUAAAUCCUAAUUACUAUUUUUCUAUGUAUUUUAAAUGUGUAUAACUGUGUAACCUUUGAAAUCAUUUGGGGUUUAGGCUGUUUGUGUGCACAGCUGCAGUCGCUGCUGCUUUGAGUGUCACUGGAAAGUGGAGAGAAGCUACAGCCGGGCUCUGGGACUGGCCACGUGAGGACUGAGAAACAGAGGCAUCAAGACAGAUGCUCCUGGGGUUCUGGCACUGUCUGCUGGGGUCAGAAGUCAUGACUGUUAGCCGUGCACAUUCCCCUUUUAAAGAACAAUAAAAUGCUUUGC